GCUCUCUGAUCUGUUGGUCUCGUUCCCAUCAGCCGCGACUGGGAAGCGGUCCUCAGAGGCACGGAUUAGGGUUUCGAAUCUCUUUGAUGCUUCCUCAACAAGCUUCGGUUUUGCAUUCUGGAUCGGUUGUCCUUGAGGAUACGGACGGAUUCGUGCUUUCUUCUGAGUGGAUUCGGGCCUAGAAUGGAGGCGGUGUAUUUGAGGUAGCGAGAAGCGGAACGGGCGGUGGUUUUUUGGUCUCAGAUUCUUCGGCAUUUUCUGGAGAUUUGAACAUGAGUCAGGAGAGAAGCAGGAGCCCUCCCGGAGAGCGUCGGUUCCGCAGGGAGCGGCCAUCGUAUCGUGAUGCCCCAUAUAGACGUGAGCGACGCAGCUACAGGGAUUAUUUGUGCAAUAACUGCAAGCGUCCGGGGCAUUUUGCUAGAGAUUGUCCUAAUGUAGCGGUCUGCAACAACUGUUCACUUCCAGGGCACAUUGCAGCAGAAUGCACUGCCAAGACCCUGUGCUGGAACUGCAAGGAACCUGGACAUGUUGCCAGUGAGUGCAGCAACCAACCUGUCUGCCACACCUGCAACAAGACGGGCCACCUGGCUCGUGAUUGCACAGGCUCAGGACUCGCCCCCUUCGAUGUUCGGCUUUGCAACAACUGCCACAAACCAGGUCAUAUUGCUGCCGAGUGUACCAACGACAAAGCUUGCAACAACUGCCGCAAAACUGGCCAUCUUGCUCGAGAUUGCCCGAACGAUCCUGUAUGCAACCUAUGUAAUGUUUCAGGGCAUGUAGCGCGCAAUUGUCCAAAGGCAAGCCUGACAUCUGAAGUCCAUGGAGGUCCCUUACGCGACAUUAUAUGCCGCAUGUGUGGCCAGCCAGGUCACAUUGGACGGGACUGUGUUGGAAUCGUUAUCUGCGGCAACUGUGGGGGGCGUGGCCAUGUCGCUUUCGAGUGCCCAUCGGGAAGGAUAUUCGAUCGUGGAUUUCGGCGGUUUUGAUAGUUCAGCUUGUUUGAAGCUCGAGAAAUACUGUAUUGCGAAUGACCUCCCUGCUACUUGAUUGUGGAUUUAACAGAAUAUUGGAUAAUUACUAGUUGCCAUCUUUGUGCUUGAGCAGA